AUCAAUAACAACACAAAGCCACUGCACACAUACUUUUGCACUGUUUAUUUUCAUACAAAAAGUAAACAAUUUAUUUCAUAAUUUAUGCAAAAACCGCACAGCAAAGAUUCAAUUUAACAACAAAGUGUUACAAAAUAACGGUCAUUGCAGAUAAAUUCAAAACACUUUUUCAAAAUGAUGGAAAAAUUUCUACCCCAAGUAGCUGCAGUCAGUGCACAGCAACAGCAACAACAACAGCAUUCACAAGCAGUACAAUCUCAGUCCUCGAAAUCAUUUAGUGUUUCCGAAGAACAUCGUCACUAUUUAAAAGUAUUCAUACAAACUUAUCACAAUUUGCCAAUUUUAUGGGACACUUCUUUGAGGGACUAUACUAAUCGUGAUAAAAGAGCCGAUGCUUAUCAACAGUUGGUGCCCAUUUAUAGGUAUUUGAAACGGGAUGCCACUUUGGAGGAUGUUAAGAAAAAGAUAAAUACUUUGCGUACAAACUAUCGCAAGGAGUUAAAAGUGGUGGAAGCAGCCCGCAAACAGGGCAAUCACUAUCAGCCCAGAUGUUGGACAUUUUAUGAAUUGGAUUUUUUGCGUAAUGCUGAGAAAUUUCUGGCCAUCGAUACGUCCAUAAUAAAGCAUGAAACCUCUUCCUCCGCCACAUCUUCGGUCUACAAUAGCUUUAGUGAAUCUGCGCAUGCAGGACAUUUCCUAGAUAAUGCUCCUUAUGGCUAUUUAAUGAAUAAGGGCAACACUUCGCCCAUGAGUAUAACGGAAAUGUUUCAUAAAUCUUUUGGUCAUCAAAAUAACAACAACAAUAACAAUCAGCAACAGAGAGAACAAAAUUCCAAUCACAAUACUCCGCCUUUAGGUUUGCCGGGAGGCAUACAAACUAACAUUGGAGCUUCAUCAACUACAGCACAGUAUCAAACACAAACAGCGGUAGCGGAAAUAAAUUCAAACAAACGCUUGAAAACAACUGCUACUACGGCACAAAAUUCUACUACACCUCCCGAUGAAAUGCUAAACAUGGCCUGCGAUUAUUUAUCCUCCACCUAUCCUGAAGAAGAGUCUAUAGCACGCACCUGGACUUUUAAAUUGAAAAGAUUACCAAGAGAACAACGUCUGUUGGCUGAGAAAUUUAUAAAUGAUAUACUUUUCGAAGCUGAAUCGGGUAGUUUACAUCGAGGCUCUAUGCAACUGAAUGCCAUGGAGCCAUAUGUACGAUUUGAGGAAUCACAAAAUGAUGAUAGUAGCCAAGAAAAACCACAAAGCCCAAAUGCUAUAAGUACCACCACAAAUAGUACUAAUGCUGUACAGUCUUUAGAACAAGCCGCAACUGAGGCUCCAUCACAUCAUUCUCCCAUUGAAGUAGGCAAUAUGCUAAUAAAUGAUGGAUCUACGCCCAGUGCCUCGAAUGAUGCCGAUAAUAAUAGUAGAAAUAAUAGCGCUUUUAGCAGCUAUAAUUGAUAGAACGCAGAGAGUUGAAUCGAUGAAUGUACAUAAAUAUUUUAUGGGAAAUUAAAUAAGAAUUAAUUAAAUGAAGUACUACCGCAAUAUUUACUGUAAUUAAAUUUAUAAUUAAGAAUACAAAAUUAUGUUAAAGUUUAACUUUAUGAUGUAAUAUAGAUCCAUAUUAAGAGAAAAAUAAUAAAAAGGUUCUUUUUGAGGUUUUUA